GCGACGAAAUUCAUGCUAUCGAGGCGCAAAAACUAUUUCAAAACGAAAUAAGAUUAAUAUUAAAAGAAAAUGAAUAUUUACAAAAGGAAAAUGAAGAAUUAAAAAAUCAAAUCGAAAAAUUAGAAAGUCAAAUUGAAGCAGAAAGACAAUAUGCUAAAGAUGAAAGAGAACAUGCUAAAGAAAUAAGACAACAAGCUAGACAAGAAGCUAGGGAAGAAGGGCAACAAGCAAGACAAGAAAGACAAAAUUUACAAAAAUUUAUUCUAAGGGUCGUAUCUAACAUAGUAUUGAAGGAUGUU